UCCUUUGCUAACAUUCAGAUUUCAUUGGUGAUUUUGCCUAUUAAUUUGGCUUUGAGAUGUUUCCUUUUCUGUUGCUUUCUUUUAAUUUAACACUAUUCAUGUCUCACCCCUAUUUUUUUCCAUCCCCAUCUCCACCCAUGCUGCCCCACAUCCUUUGCUCUUGUCUGCAAUCAACCUCUUCAUCCAAUAAGGCUGGGCACAGAUUGGUGUUAGUGUUGGGCGACCUUCAUAUUCCUCAUCGUUGUAACAGCCUGCCGGCUAAAUUCAAAAAAUUGCUGGUUCCGGGCAAAAUCCAGCACAUUCUUUGCACCGGGAACCUCUGCACGAAGGAGAGCUAUGACUACCUCAAGACCUUGGCUGGAGACGUCCACGUCGUGAGGGGAGAUUUUGAUGAGAACUGGAACUAUCCCGAACAGAAAGUGGUUACUGUGGGGCAGUUUAAAAUUGGGCUAAUCCACGGCCAUCAAGUCAUUCCCUGGGGAGACGUGGCCUGCCUCGCUCUCCUCCAGAGGCAGUUUGACGUCGACAUCUUGAUUUCGGGCCACACGCACAAAUUCGAGGCCUUUGAACACGAAAACAAGUUCUACAUUAACCCGGGGUCGGCCACAGGAGCCUACAGCCCUUUGGAAAACAACAUCGUCUCUUCCUUUGUGCUGAUGGACAUCCAGGCUUCCACGGUUGUCACCUACGUCUAUCAGCUGAUUGGCGACGACGUGAAAGUGGAAAGAAUCGAGUACAAGAAAUGUUAAAAAGCAAGUGGGCCUCCCCUAACUCAUUCCAAGCUUUUUUUUUUGCAAUAUGCACCCCCAACAGUCCGCAGUGUUUGCAGCCUUGCGAGUUGAAAGGCAGCUUCUUAUCCUGCCGUAGGCAACCAAGUUUACUUCCCCUGAACUUCUGGCAAAACCUGUCUUGGUUUAGCUUGUUUGUUUUUUUUCCCCUUUUGCCCUCCAAAAUCGCUCCUUGCUUGUAAAUACUAUUCAACAUGCGCAGCAGAAUUCUACCUGUUCAUGUGAACUGUCUUACAAUAAAUAUAUUAUUCAACUUC